AUGAGCGACCCCAGGCAGCAGUCGCUGUUCUUCGUCACAGUCCCAGAUUUGCAGAGACUCUGUGCUGUCAGAGUGACACUGCGCCACUCGGGGGCAGAUGCUGAGGUCAGGAGCACACAGCUGAAGAUGUGCAGGCAAUUGCUGUUUUUACACCAAGAUACUCUUGCAUCACCUGUGCCUGGAAUAUUUAGCCAAAUUUGGGUGGUGAUGGCGAUACCAUUUUAUAAGGCUGGAAAACUUAAUACCUAUCUUGAAAAAUAUGGAGCUAAGGCAGAGGCACCUCAAAGAGUAAUUCCUGUAAUUCUUCAAAACUGCCUCUCGUACUCACUCACGGCCAGACUUGCUCCAGCCUGGAAUAAGACCGGCCAUCUCCUGGUGCAAGGAAGAGAGUUUCUUUCUCAGAUGGGAAAGCAAAAUGCUGUUGUAUUAGACAUCAAUGUAACAGAGACCCAAGUUUGUCUGAGUAUAGAAGCUUAUACGAUCAGACUGCCGCCACCUGAGCUACAAGAAUUUGGUAUUUCUCAAAGUGUUAUAAAGGACUUUGAUACUCACAAGAAUGCUGUCAUUGAGGGACAUUCGAUUUUAAGCAACGAGUGCUACGUUCUGCCAAGCAUGAAAACGGGACAGAUACUCAGCAUCCUUCGUGCCGCACCUCCCGACUGCCCUUUUCACUCAUACACAGACUUCCAGACGCACUGGGAUGACCUGUACGGCUAUAAACUUCCCGAAGACCCCGGAGGUGCCGAAGUGUACUGCAGCGUCCACUUCAGGAUGCUGGGAGGGAGGACCUUUACUUACCCUCUCCGCUGCGUCAGGAGUCAGCCCGUGCAGUUCUUCCCGAGGGUAGACUUGGAAGGUGUGUUGAAAAGCUUUCUUUCAGAUCUAAAGUCCGAAUUGCCCCAUAUCUGUGGAUUUCCCAUUAAGAUGACGACAAAAUCGUGCUACCACACGCCAGAACUCACUAAACCACAUAUACAGGAAAACAAAAUCAAGCCACCCAAUCUGACCUUGAAACAAAGGUUCCAGUGCUCUCUGACUCGGGCCCCUUCCACGGGACCCACCGUGGCUCAACACCUUCUACCGCACUCAGUAACCAUGGACCACAAGGUGGAGCGUUGGGUCAGCCAGCAGAAGCUCUGCAGCUCCGGGGCUCCGCCUCUGCGGCCGGGCUCUGCUCAGAGCAGAAAGGCCGCCCUGUCUGACCAGGCGCCGCACAUACAUUUGGAAGCACCGCAGCCCACUGGAGGAAGCGCUCAAGUUGGAGACACACAUUUUAGCUCCCAAAGUAACGUGGCCCCAAAACUCAUACCAGUCUUCAGAAAUCGGCCAGUGCAGAUGAACAGAAAGGUCUCAGAACCUGGCGACCUGAGAAGGAAACAACGCUGUACACACCGAGGAUCAAAAACGACGUUAGAAUCUAAACUGGUUUUGCUUAAAACCAGCGGGAUCCAGAAUAACAAACCCAAUUUAGACCCAGCUAUUACAAAAAGAUUUCAUUGUAACAUUCAGAUGAAUGCUAGGAAUUUAACCCAGAAGACUUCUAGACCUCUGCAGGAAAACCAGACCGAGUCCUCUGAAGACGGGACAAAAUACCCCCCUCGUAACAGAAAGUCCCCAGCUGUGGGUGUCGGUGGCAGUCAGCCACUCUCUGACCGCUCAGGAUUUCCGAUGUCGGGUAAGAAUUUCAGUGUGGUGAGAAGUGCUGUUGACUGCCAGGUGAAUGAGAAAGAAAUUUUAACAAGCAAAUGCAUAGCACAGAUUUUGGGGAAAGGACACGAGUCACUAAAAGUGACAAGACCACACAUUUUUGAAUCCGACACGGAAAUGGAAGAUGCCCAACCGCCACAGCAUCAGUCAGUAAAUCAAACUGAAGAAAUUGAUGUACGUGCCCACAGACCGAUAGUGAGUAACACAGCCCACAGGUUCAAACGAAAACUGUGUCAGGAGUCUUCAGAAACUGCAAAGCAGCCUCGUUCCAGUAAUACCCGCCAUGGCCAAUCCAGUUCUUCUAUGAGCCAGCUAUAUGACUUAGACAAAUCAAAACCCAAGAAAUCUCCCAGCGUCACUCAGGCUUACCACAUGGAUGCAGAAGCAGGAGAUAUCCAUCAGAGUGAAGGGUCCAGCAGCCCCGGGGCCUGUGUGUGGCUUGCAUCCUCCCUGGAGUUGGCGGGAGCUUGUGCCUGGGGACUGCUGGUGUUGAGUCGUCCCACGCCACCACCCGCCCGGGCCCGGAGCCCCACAGGCUUCCUGCAGACCAGCCGGGCAGAAACGUCCACCCGGCCCCCCAUCGCUGGGCGGCGUCUGGAGGAGCAUGACUGCUCGGUCCACCAGCAGGGCUCCCGGGCGACGCAGCAAGCAGGUCCUCCGGGUCCCAGUUCAUACAUGGCGGUCUCAGGUUUCCCGUCGGAAACGCUGCGGUGA